UAGGGAUAGUGAGUGAGUUUAUAUGAUGGCUCUGCUAGGGUUAGGGUUUAAGGCUGCCUUCAUCGUAGCAGAGAGAGAGAGAAAGAGAGAGAAAGAGUAGAGAGUAGAGAUGAAGACAAUCCUUUCCUCGGAGACCAUGGACAUCCCUGAGGGGAUCCAGAUCAAGGUCCAUGCCAAGAUCAUCGAAGUUGAGGGACCUCGAGGCAAACUUGUCCGUAACUUCAAGCAUCUCAACCUAGAUUUCGAGCUCAUCACCGAUGAAGAAGGAAAACGUAAGCUUAAGAUUGAGUCGUGGUUCGGUACCCGCAAGACCAGCGCCGCCAUCCGUACUGCUCUCAGCCACGUUGAGAAUCUCAUCACUGGUGUCACCAAAGGUUACCGCUACAAGAUGCGUUUCGUAUAUGCUCAUUUUCCUAUCAACGCUUCCAUCACCAACUCCAACAAGUCUAUUGAGAUCCGUAACUUUUUGGGCGAGAAAAAGGUGAGAAAGGUGGAUAUGCUUGAUGGAGUGACAAUCCUCCGAUCUGAGAAGGUUAAGGAUGAGCUUGUUUUGGAUGGUAAUGAUAUUGAACUUGUCUCAAGAUCUUGCGCUCUCAUUAACCAGAAAUGCCAUGUGAAGAACAAGGAUAUCAGGAAAUUUCUGGAUGGUAUCUAUGUCAGCGAGAAGGGAACUAUCGCAAAUGAGGAAUGAUCUUUUGUUAUAGGAAUACUCAUUUUAGUCUUUCGAACUAGUUUAAUUUCAUUUCUUGAUGUGAUUGGGUAAGUUAAGUUUUAUUUAAUUGCAGAUUUUGUCUGAAAGACUUGUAUAAGCUUGGUUUUAAAUUGAGAUUUGGAUCUCUACGAUUUUGGCUUGUCUCAUUUCAUUUUUAACUAUGUUAUGGUUUUGCUUAGUCAUUUACUUCUUUGGGAAAAAUAUAAAAUAUCAUGUGUGACGAUUAUCUUGAAA